AGUAAAUCUAAGAUAAACCUGACUUAAAAUAAAUCUAAAACGUGAAUAACAUCACAAGUUUAUAUACAAAAUGUAAUUUUGUUGAAUUUUUUAAACAAAAAUGUCGUGUUUAAUUAGGUGUGGGUCAUGUAACUUUUAACCUUCGUUUAGGGGUGGGUCACUCAGUUUUGUGCCAAAUGGAAAAGCUGGGCCAUGUGUUUUUUAUCCCCCCACCCCCACAGUACUUUUGGACCAGUCCCUAAAUACUCGACGUGUGUUUCCAUGUUUUGAUUCAUGAUACUAUUGCUUGGAAAACGCACUUCCCAACCCCUAAUUAUAAAGACAGUAACAUUCUCUCGGGCGUUCACCCAAACCUCCCUUGCGGCUCGAGCAUUUGGCGUCAAAGGUGUUAAUGAAGGAUAUAUUUCUCUGAAACAUUUUUUCUAUAUCUUCUUGAAUCAAAUGCAAUAAUGUAGACAAAUUCGAAAAUUUUACGAUGUUUUAAAUCUUUAAUCAAACCAGUUCAAUUUCGUUCGUUUCUAGAAGGAGCUCGCACUUGGAGUGGAGUCAUUUCGCUUCACCCCCUGGGAACAUGCUUCAUCGGCGACAGCACUGUCUGUUGUUUCCUUGCAAUUGGUUGUGUUCACUCAGAAGGAGACAACAAGGCUCGAAGAAAUUCAAGAUAAUCCAGCUCUCUCUAAGUCUUGUUUUGGUAACGGCUUUAAUAACGUAUUUCAGUGUCUUUCCCUUCAAUAAGUCCAUCUAUGAUCAUGAAACACGCUCACAACUUAUUGAAGCUCGUAACUCGGGCUCAACGUUCAGCCGUUUUAACGACAAGCCAUCUUCAGGCAGUGGCGCUCUCUCUCUGUCGAGUGUGGCUCCUACUCUGAACUGGACUUCAGGCAGUUUGAAGCCCAUACCCUCUUCCGCGGAGCCUGCCAUUCUUCCUGAUUUUAAAUCAUGGAAAACAACACCCCAGCACAAAACUACUUUGAUAACCAAGACUGUGUGUACACGGCACUACCCUCUGCUCAUCCUAGUCUCGUCUGCACCAGCAAAUUUUGAAAGAAGAUAUUUGAUUCGUCAAACAUGGGGUGCCGAUAACAGCACCGUUCCUCAGUGGAAGACAUACUUUCUUCUUGGUCAAACACGAGAUCCAGCACGAUCAGAUUUGCUCAAAAAAGAAAAUAGCAUCUAUGGCGACAUGAUUCGUGCGGAUUAUUACGAACAUUACUGGAACCAGAGUUUGAAGAUACAGAUGGCCUUCGAAUGGGCAGCCAGAUAUUGUGAGUUUUCUUACCUUCUCAAAGCAGACGACGAUGUGCUCGUCAACGCUAAACGUUUACUAGAUGUCUUACACUUGAAAUCAACGCCUAAGAAAGGCCUUUAUAUGGGUAAACGUCACCGCAAUCCGAUUGUACAACGAAGUGGAAAAUGGCGUGUCAGUUAUGAAGAGUACAGAGGAACACGCUAUCCAGAUUUUUGUAGUGGUGCUGGCUUUGUUAUGUCAUAUGAUGUUAUCGAGAGCGCGGUUCCUUUAUUUGAUGUGAUUAAGCCGUUUAGAGUGGACGAUGUGUAUGUUGGAAUGCUCGCAGAAAAACUCGGUGUAAGAGCAAUGAACCAUAAAGGGUUUGUUAUUUUAGGUCCUAGCAAGAAAUGUAAUUUUUUUCCCAACACUCUUGUGCAGCAUCAAGCUAUCGGAGAAUGUUUAAUUCGACUGUUUAUGAAUCACAAGAACCUUUAACUCUAUAGUUAAUUAACUUUAUGGUAACAUUUAUCUUGUUUCUAUAGAGUUUUGGUAGAAUUCUACUACAGUACGUAGUCAGUAAUCCAAAUACUUCGAUUGGAUGGGCUAUCGUAUACUAUCAGCCAUUAUUAAAAUAUAAUUCAUACUAGAUCAUCGGAUAAUGCAAUUCAAGAGUUUUCAUUGGCUUAGCCAUCUUGGUACAUGACUAAUUACACCAUGCUCUAAAAAUAUGAUAAGCAUACGCGUAAUUUUUGGGGGCGUUUUUGUUUUUAUUGCGUUCGACAGAACGCAGUUCUAAUCGCGUAAUGCAGAAAAAUUCGAGAUCUGUGCAUCUAUCUAUCUAUCUAUCUAUCUAUCUAUCGGGGGACACCAAUUUGGUCCCCCCUAAAAUUCUUUAGGGGCAAAUGACGUCAUGUCCAUGUUUGUCCAUGUGCUUUCUUUCGAGUCUUGCGCAAUAUUGCGGACUUUCGAGUGUCGAAGAAGCUUAUUGUGGACUCUAGCGGAUACUGAAGUUGUUUAUUCAAAGUUCGAAGUCAGUGUUAAUGGCAUUUAAAAACCUUGUAGACAUGUCUUCACGAAAUGUGUACGACUUUUCGAGGCAGCUUAUUGAAGACU